CAGCGGCGGGUGCUGCGGGAGCCGGGGCUGCCGGGGCUGCGGACGCCAUGUCGGGCCGCUCGGUGCGAGCCGAGACCCGCAGCCGCGCCAAGGAUGACAUCAAAAAAGUGAUGGCCGCCAUCGAGCGCGUCCGCAAAUGGGAGAAGAAGUGGGUGACGGUGGGCGACACGUCCCUCCGGAUAUUCAAGUGGGUGCCUGUGGCGGACAGCAAGGAGAAAGAGAAAUCCAAAUCAAGUAGCAGCACUGCCCGAGAACCCAAUGGCUUCCCAGCUGACACAUCUGCCAACUCCUCUCUCCUUCUGGAGUUCCAGGGUGCUGUUUCUGCAGAUGAGAACAGUAACCAGAGCUCCUUGUCAGACGUCUACCAGCUCAAGGUGGACAGCAGCCCGAACUCCAGCCCCAGUCCCCAGCAGAGCGAGUCCAUGAGCCCUGCUCAUACGUCUGACUUCCGCACAGAUGACUCGCAGCCACCCACACUGGGGCAGGAGGCGCUGGAAGAGCCUUCCCUGCCUUCCUCGGAAGUUGCAGAUGAGCCUCCCACUCUCACAAAGGAAGAGCCAGUCCCCCUUGAGACUCAGGUAACUGAAGAGGAGGAGGACUCUGGUGCACCGCCUCUGAAGAGAUUUUGUGCCGAUCAGAACUCUGUGUGCCACACGGCCUCGGAGAGCUAGCCUGCCCAUCCCCGGGGACAGCGCCUUCGCCAGCCCCUUGCAGAGCCAGCCUGCCCUUUCCUGGGGGACGGGGUGCUUCCCUCUAGCCUGCCUUUUCCCAAGGGACAGGGCAUUCCUGCCACCUUGUGAGCCAGCCUGCCCUGCCCUCGGGGACAGGUGCCUCCUACCAGCCCCUGCAGAGGCAGCCUGUAUUUCCCCCAGGUGGAUGGUGCUUAUGGGCACCUCAUGCCACCAAUACCUGCAAAUUUGCCUCUAUUUAUUGGGUCCCUCUCUCCCUGCUAAUCUGUACUAUAGUGGCAUGGGGGUUUCUGACGUGUAGUCUGCAUGUGCAAGGGGAUGAGUCCUCAGGGCUGCCUGAUCUCCAUAGCCCAUAAGGCACUGGCAGAUGCUGUUUGCCUGCUUCUAAAUCCUCUGCUCAUCCUCAUGACGUGUUAGGAAUGGAAGAGGCUUGUUCCACCUGCACUAAGUGGUUUGUCUGCUCCCUUGUGACCAUAUCCUGGAGCUUUUCUGCAGUGGGUGAGACGUGAGGAAAAGAUGAGAGGGUUGAGAGGGGACAGAGACAAAGGCCUUCCAUGCCACCAGGCAGGGAUCCCAAGCUGGGACGCUGUGCAAUAAGCUGCUAGUUUAAGCCAUUAGUAUUGGAAGACACAGGAGCACUACCACUGUGGAGGGCAGGUACUGUAUGCAUCAGGUCAGACAGCCUGCCUCUGCUCUGCAGCUAGGCACUCAGAGCUCCCAACCACCCUCUGAAGGUGGCAUUACUGAGAGGUCUGGUUGGAGCACAGCUCAGCUGGCCAGGGAGUCUGUGUGGCCGGUCCAGCUGGGUCUGUGCCCUGCUCCCUUUCCAGCUCCCUCUGGUGCCACAGGACAGGCUGGCAGAGCAGAGGGAGCUGUUCUCCUGAGCCCUGGGGGGGUCCUGCCACCUGUCUAGGUACAUCUCUGACCUCUGGGAAGGGGAAGGAGGCAGUAGGGUGUAGAGUUCCCCCCUCCCAGGAAGCCCUCCAACCCUGGGGCUCCUCGCCUGUCCCCCAGCAUGGUGUGGGGACCCAGUUCCCUCAUGCCCUCACGCUCCCUGCCAUGAGCACCCCGGCCCUGCAGCACCCACCACCCCGCGCCCCGGGGAGCUGCUCCCGGGGCUCUGCCUGGCCGCCCCUCCUGGCCCUCUUCCCCUGCCGCCAUCUGCAUGUCCCACUGAGUCUGUGAUCGAGCCUGGUGAAGUCGAAGGCGCCGGCUGCGCGCGAAAGUGGAGAGAUAUUUUAGCACUGAAUAGAAUAUUUUUAAAAUUAAACUAUUUGAAAUACA